CUCUCUCUCUCUCUCUCUCUGUCUCUCUCCCUUGACAUGUGCUUGCUGCCUGCAGGUUUCUUCUAACUCUCCCUCUCAGCAGGACAGAUUCUGUCCCCUUUCCCUCUCUUCUGCUCUGUUUACAGCUAUCCCCAGCCUCCACCCGCUAACCCCACCCUCCACCCGCUAACCCCACCCUCCACCAGCUCACCCCUGCCCCAUCUCCACCCGUCUGCCCCGGACCCCUGCUGCUCCUCCUAAUAGUGUUCAGAUCCUGUUUCUCCUCCUUCUCCUCCCUACUCUGAAACACUGACUUCAUUCAUUCCCUUUGUGGCAUUCCCCUCCUCUGCUCCCUCUCUCCCUCUCCCUCCCUUCUGUCUUGGGACUUGACUACCGGGAGACCACGUCCCCUGUGUUACUGGACUACAGGAAGACCACGUCCCCUGUGUUACUGGGCUACAGGAAGACCACGUCCCCUGUGUUACUGGACUACAGGAAGACCACGUCCCCUGUGUUACUGGACUACAGGAAGACCACGUCCCCUGUGUUACUGGACUACAGGAAGACCACGUCCCCUGAGUUACUGGACUACAGGAAGACCACGUCCCCUGUGUUACUGGACUACAGGAAGACCACGUCCCCUGUGUUACUGGACUACUCCUCUUCUCUCUCCUCUCUCCUUUCUCCUCUUUCCUCUCCUGCUCUCCUCCUCUCCUCUUCUGUCUCUUGAGACUGGCCAGAGGACAUCUGCGGCCCAGAGAGACGGACGAGUUAGGAAACGCUUGUGGAUUGGAUUACUUAGACGAGCAGCCAAGAGAGACCAGCAGAGACCAGGAGAGACCAGGAGAGGAGCAGGGUUUGAGAGAGGAGAGGUCCGGGCUCCAUGGCGGCCCCUCUCGCUCUGCUGCUGUUUCUCCUGGUUCUGGCCCCUGAGAGCCGGGCUGCCAGGAGGCUUGUGAAGAGAGGUCUCCACCAGAAGGACUACGAGUACCCCAACCAGGCCCUCCCUGCGGGCCACCAGAAGAACGACCGCUGCCCGCCGCCGCCACAGAGGCUCCCGGAGAGGGCCUGCGAGGCCCCGGGCUGCCGCUCCGACUCAGAGUGCGAGCGCCACAAACGAUGCUGCUACAACGGCUGCAUCUACGCCUGCCUGGAGUCCGUCCAGCCGCCGCCAGUUCUAGACUGGCUGGUGCAGCCCAAGCCGCGGUGGCUGGGGGGAAACGGAUGGCUGCUUGACGGGCCAGAGGAGGCACUGCAGGCCGAGGCGUGCAGCACCACGGAGGACGGGGACGAGCCGCUCCACUGCCCCACGGGGUACGAGUGCCACAUCAUCAGCCCCGGGAACCCAGCGGCCGGCGUCCCCAACCGGGGCCAGUGCAUCAGGCAGCGCGGGAACUCAGACGGACGAAACCUGAGACACAAAUACUUCAAGGACUACAAGGAUUACUACGGAAGUGACACCAACAACGCAGUAGGCUACGAGAAGCCCCACCACAGGAACCUGGGCUGAAGAGCCCCCCGCAGACCCAGCCCUCCUGUCUCCGUCUGGGGACCCCCUGGACCACCCUGGACCACCUGGGCCCACCCUGGACCACCCUGGACCCCAAAGGACCCCCCCAGGACCACCCUGGACACCCCUGACACCCCUGGACCCGGCACACCCAGCCCUCUUGUCUCCGUCUGGGGAUCACCCUGGACCACCCUGGACCCCACAGGACCCCGGUCCCCCCCACUCAUUCCCCGGCCCCUUCGCCUCCCCCCCUCCCCUCGCCCCCUCGCCCCCUCCCCCCCUCCCCUCGCCCCCUCCAUGGACCCCGACGGCCCCUCGUCACAUGCGGAGCCCCUCACAUUCGAUUGUUCGCAAUGUGAAUAUUUUCUGACCAAAGAACCAUUAGCAGGACUUUAAAUACCUGGUGGCCAGGUCAUGGACAGCGAGGACAUGGAGGUCAGCCCAGGGAUGUUCUGACUUCAUCUGAUCUCAGAAAUAGAUCUAUUCUUGACAUCUUUCCUCCUCUUUUGGUCUCCUACUCUUCUACUCUCUCCUCUCUUCUACUCUCUCCUCUCCUCUCUCUUCCUCUCCUCCUCUCCUCUCUCCUGUUCUCUUCUCUCUUCCCCUCUCCUCUUGUCUCUUCUCCUCUCUCUCCUCUCCUCUUUCCUCUCCUCUCCUCUCCUCUCCUCUCCUCUUCAACCCACAGCUAAAUUUAAACGAGAUGAUGACAUUCAUUUUUCUGGAUUAAUGUUUUUUCAAAUUUUGCUAAAUUUCAAAGCUGGGGUGAUAACCCUGGGUCCACAUUUACAUUUUAACCAAAUACAUCUCCUGAUCGAACGAUCAUUUUAAUCAAGUCAUAUCCAUGAUCCAAUAUAAAUAGAAACCCUAGUUAUAUCCCGAGGUAUAUAGGAGUGUUUCUGACUGGAUACUGACGCCGACACAAUGAAGCUAUAACCAACGACAUGUAAGAAAGUCAUUUCUGUUCCUCUGUGACGACGCCAGGGGUGCUGCGUGGGCCCCCGGCCUCAGAGCGGACACUGAGCUGCUCUGUGGAGAGAGAGCUGACGGGUCGAGGCUGACCAAUGGUGCUAUCAGAAAUAAAACUCAUCAUACGCAGGAAACAGUCACAGUUUAUUCAUUGACUUCAACAGGAUCUCCACCCUCCCGUCUCCAUCAGGACAUAGCUCCUCCAACCAGAGGGCUCAGGGUGGAGUAGGGGCACCAUCACACCACGACCAAGAAUAAAAUAUGUCAGGCGCCUCA